CGCACACACACACAGCAGUCAGUCUGUGACAAGCGCACGCAGGGCAGCAGCGGCCGCCUCCCCCAGGCAUGGCACAGGGCUCUAGCUCACUAUGGCAGCAGUGCGACAAAACACCCUCGACUUCCAGCUCGGUGCCGCAGCUGAUGGAAAUGACAUCAUUAAAGCGCUACAGCCUAUUUUUCAAGAGCAAGAAAUGACAGAAACGGUGCAUAGUUGGGAAGACCAUGGUUACCUAGCUACAUACACUGCGAAAAACGGGAGUUUUUCUUCAGUAAGAAUUUAUCCCCACGGUUUAGUGCUCAUCGAUCUCCAGACUAAUGAUGAGCCAGAUCAAAAGAAUUUCGCUCAGGAGCUAUUAGACCAGAUAGAGGAGAAAAUGAAAGAAACUUUGCACAAUAGUAUCAAACAGGUGAAACGAUUACCUGCGCUUGUUAGAGGAGCGUCGGUUGACAGAUACUGGCCGACAGCCGACGGACGCCUUGUUGAAUACGACAUCGAUGAACUUGUUUACAGUAAAGAUUCGCCUUAUCAGAAUAUAAAGAUCCUUCACUCUAAGCAGUUUGGAAAUAUACUUAUCCUCAAUGGGGAUGUUAACUUGGCAGAAAGCGACCUGCCAUAUACCCAUGCCAUUAUGGGCAGUGGCAAGGAAGACUACUAUGGGAAAGAAGUUUUGAUUCUUGGAGGUGGUGAUGGAGGCAUACUUUAUGAGCUGGUCAAACUGAAACCAAAAAUGGCUACCAUGGUGGAGAUAGACCAAAUGGUGAUUGACGGAUGUAGGAAGUAUAUGCGAAAGACAUGUGGCGACGUGUUAGACAAUCUCAAAGGUGACUGUUAUCAGGUUUUAGUUGAAGACUGUGUCCCAAUAUUGAAGAAGUAUGCCAAAGAAGGGCGAAUGUUUGAUUAUGUGAUUAAUGACCUCACAGCUGUCCCAAUCUCCACAUCUCCAGAAGAAGAUUCAACAUGGGAUUUUUUGCGAUUGAUUUUGGAUCUUUCCAUAAGAGUCUUGAAGCAGGAUGGAAAGUACUUCACUCAGGGAAACUGUGUAAACCUGACUGAGGCGUUGACACUCUACGAGGAACAGCUGAAAAUGCUUUAUUGCCCUGUAGAAUUCUCCAAGGAAACAGUUUGCAUUCCCUCCUACAUGGAAUUAUGGGUAUUCUACACAAUUUGGAAGACAAACAAUUCCUGAACCCUUCGAAAACGAUCAAAAUCUUCCACGCUGCAUGGCGCAUACUACGCUUAGCACCUGCUGCAUGUGGGCAUUGCAAAACCUUAAAUUAUACUCUGUAGAUAAUUCUCAGAUAAGUACUAAAUGUAUGUAGAGGUUUUAAAAUAUUUAAGUUAGACAAAGUAGGAGUGGCUUGAAAAAAAUGAAUAUUUUGAUGAGCUGGUAUGUUUAUUUUAAGACAAUUUGGGAUUUGCAGCAUGUAUGAGGCUGCUGGAUGCACUGAACCUAAAGAAUGUGAUUAUUUUUAUUUUUUCUGUUUUACUAGGUUACACCAGACGUCUUCUUAAAAAAACCAUAAUAGAAAUACGAAAGCUUUCCUUUCAUUUUAUUAUUCCCUAAAUCUAUGGUUGUGACUUUUUGCACUUUCUACAUCUUAAGAUCCAACAGACUAUAACUACCACUAGAGUAUCUUGAUGCAAGCUGUUAUCAGAACUAUUUCUGUAACAAUAAAAGUAUGGAUUUAGGAUGAAGACGUUAUCAGCUAAGCCUACAAAGCAAAUCUUGUUAUAAAUUAUAGAUUGCUAGAGACCCAUUUGGCGCAAGAAAAGUGAGGGAUUAUAGGCAGUUAUAGCAAACCUUUUACUUCCUUUAUUAUACACAAAAAAAUUGUUCGUUAUGACAACAGCUUAAAAGAACGUAUGUUCUGCCAGUUGAUUUAGAAUAUGUGCCCAACUUAGUAGUAAACCUAGCAGUUAAUUGUAUCUACUGCGCUACUUAAAGGGAACCCAUGGUCUAAGUAGCACUUCAUGCACAUUAGUUAUGUUAUAACUAACAUUGGUGCUAUGACAUAAUAUUCAUUAUUGCACAGACCGCACAUAGUGCUUCCAUUAAGACUUGAGUCCUUGUUUAUGAGGUUGCGUGCAUACAUUGCGCAACAUUGUAGUUGUUUCUACUGUGCUGUACAGUUCUUUGUACUAAAGAGACUUCUUCAUUCUUAUAUGUGUUAUUAAAUAGGGGUUUUGUUGGCAGUGAGAAAAAAAAAAGCACCCUUGGCCAAAUAUGCAGUUCAUUUUAAAAGGACACAUGAUCAGUAGGUAGUUAAACGCGUUUUGUGGUUUUGCAAGCACCCUCCUUAUACAUUGUCCCAUUACUAAUGGUGAAUGCAGCAACUUUUAUGUUACUAAAAAUGUACUUCCACAUAUUUAUUUGAAAAAGCAAUAAUCCAAACUUUCGGCGUGACGUAGCCUUUGACGAAGGUCUUUAAAGAGUGGACGUCUUGUCGGUUUUGUGGUUUGGAGGAUAAAUAUUUUGGGCCCCUUUGCCUUUUAACUCAUUCUCACCAGGAUUACCAUAUUGAUUUAUGGUGCCAUUAGGCCAUUGUGAUAUUUUGGUGACAUAACUAUCUCUACAGUCUGUUUAACGUGUUCAUGGCAAUCUUACAUCAAUCCCGCAUAAAUAGCUUCAAGAAAAAAAUAAAUUGCAGGUCACCAGGAAGUAAAUAGGCAUCUUUCUUUACUCAUUUCCUGCUGUUUUUAAGGAAGUGAUGUACUUUUCUUUUGAGAGAUAAAGCUAUAUAUAGUAUACAACAAUGUAUGUAGUCGGGAAGUUAGGAGCGGAUUCAUAUAGUUUGCAAAUAUUUUUCGCGUGUGAAGGUGAAUAUUGGGAUACCACAAACCAAAUGACAAGAAUGAAUUUGAAUUUUAAAUAAACUUUCAAGAGCAGAACCAAAUGCCCCUUGGAUAAAAAGUUUUUUUUUUUUUUUCUUUAGAUGUUAUUAAAUUAUCAUGCAUUGAUUGGUUAUGUUUGCAUUAAUGUUUGGAUGUCGGUUGUUUCAUUUAAAAUGUGAACUAUGUUAAAAAAAAAUGUAAAAAAAAUAAA